CCAUGGAGCCGGGCCCAGGGGCCCCGGGCUCUUCCGCGGAGCGCCGGGAGGCCGGGCCCGAAGUCUCGGCGCCCGAGGGGCCCGCGCCGAGCGCGUCGCCUUCGUGGGAGGCGGCAGACGACUCGCCGCCCUCGUCCCCGUCCGCCUCGGGGCCCUCCUCGCGGCCGCCGACCUCGAGUUUAGGCGUGGGCAGGUCGCGGCUGCGCCAGGCCGGGUGGGGCGGGAUGGCGGCCAGCGCGUUGCUGGAGGCCGGCCUGGCCCGCGUGCUCUUCUACCCGACGCUGCUGUACACGGUGUUCCGCGGGAAAGUGCCGGGCCGGGCGCACCGCGACUGGUACCACCGCAUCGACCCCACGGUGCUGCUGGGUGCGCUGCCGCUGCGGAGUAUGACGCGCCGGCUGGUACAGGACGAGAACGUGCGCGGGGUGAUCACCAUGAACGAGGAAUAUGAGACGCGGUUCCUGUGUAACUCCUCAAAGGAAUGGAGGAACGUAGGAGUCGAGCAGCUGCGCCUCAGCACAGUAGACAUGACUGGAGUCCCAACCUUGGCUAACCUCCAGAAGGGAGUCCAGUUUGCUCUCAAGUACCAGGCGCUGGGCCAGUCUGUCUACGUGCAUUGUAAGGCUGGGCGCUCCAGAAGUGCCACUAUGGUGGCAGCAUAUCUGAUUCAGGUGUACAACUGGAGUCCAGAGGAGGCUAUAAGAGCCAUCACCAAGAUCCGGUCACACAUCCACAUCAGAUCUGGCCAGUUGGAAGUUCUCAAAGAGUUCCACAAGGAGAUUACUGCAGGGGCAGCAAAGGAUAAGACUGGUCACACAUCACAGAUGUGAAAUACACAGAUUAGAAAGAACUCAAGACAACCCUGCUUGCUAUAGAUUCAAAUAGUUUUAACAGGACCAAGGGGGAUAAAGCCCAGACUUGACAUAGCAGAAAUGUGCUAAGUAAUGGAUAAUUUUGCUCCUUUUGUCUUGUUUCACUUUCCUGAAGUAACACUGUUGUAUGCCUGGA